UAAAAAUGAUGAGCGGACGCGACUUUGCGUUGUUAAAUAAAAGACAAGAGAACCGAGAGGGAAAGCGGCGAGCGAAGAAGCCGCCGGUUGCGCGUCUCUUCUAAUCUUCAAUAUUCUGGAAAUUCCUCGACAAAAUUCCGCGCCACGACCGACGACCGAUUAUCUGGCAAGUCCGAAAAAUCUCAGCAGGCGUGUCCGACAGCCAAAGAACAAAUUUCCCACUUGAUUCUGCCAGGAGAUAUCGGAACCAACAGUAAGCACAAAAUGGCUCGCAUAACGAGACAGCGAAACGCGAGAAGUCGCCGAGGUGUGAUAAAGCGCCGUUCUCGCAAGCCGAGCAUUCCCGAGUUGGUCUUCAAGUUUCUCGUCGCGGAGGGGGCUGCUCGCGACUCGGAACGCGCUUUUGCGAGCACGGAGUGCCGUUGCUGCGGCCGAAGGCGUCGCGACCACGAGGAAGUCGUAGAUUCCGCGGAUAUUCCGCGAACCGCCGGCAGAAGUAUGGGUUACAAGCCCCGUAAGAGCACCACCGGCAAGGUCUCCAAGCGCCGCGUCAUCACACGACGUCCCGCGUCGAGGGACCUGCCGGCCAUGUACCUGCAAAAAUGCGUGGGCGCCGAGGGGACGAGAAAAGCGAGAAGUUACAUAAAGAAGGCGUUAGACUUCGGCGUUGAGUCUGGCUACCUUAUUCCCUCUGACCCCACGUACAAAGUCCUGCGCGUGUCCUCGGACCUGAUGAGAAGCGAUUCACGGAGGAGCAGGAUAAGCACAUGCGACAGGACCGUCUCUCAGGAGCAGGACAAGAACCUGCGCAGCAGCCCGAGCAAGCUCGACGACCUGCAGGUGCAGGAGCAACGGAGGAGGGGACGCAGGGGACGAGGGCGAGGACGGAGGUCGAGAAGUGACUCGCGUCGCGGGAGGGGCAGGAGGGGCAGGAGGAGGAGGAGGAGGAGGAGGAGGAAGAGCAGGAGCAGGAGUAGGAGCAGAAGCAGGAGCAGGUCGCGCAGGAGGAACAGCAGCCCGCAGAAUCCCGAAGAGGCCGCCGAGGAUGAGGUGGACGAUUACGAGAUAGAUAAGAACGACCCAAAGAGUAACAUUCACAGCGGCGACGUGGAAAGGGAGCCGAAGAGCGCGCGAUCGAACUCGCCUGACGAGAAACAGUCGACGAAGAAAGCCGAAGGGAAUACCUCGGAUUUAUCCGCCGACGAGGACGAGGAGGAGACCGACGACGAGGAGAACGACAAGAAGGUGGCCAGCGCGACGAAUUCGUAGCUUCGCACAAAUACCAUUACGGUCCAUUGCAAUCUACUAAAAUCCCCUGUGACCAGCGCAACCAGAUCCUCCCUCUCUCCAUUUGAUAUUACGAUUUAACAGCGAGCGUCUUCUUCGGAAGACUCGCUUUGUGUAGAAUCCUCGCCGAUUCGUUUACAAGUCUUUCUAUUUUUCGAAACGUCGGUCUUUCACCUGCCGGAAACUCCCGCGCACGCGUACGAUGCGACAGGUACGAUCAUGGCCAGUCACCGUGUUCACCUCACGAAUGUAUACGCAAUUUGACAAUAUAAAAGUGCUGCGUGAAACGGCCCUUGGGGCGCAACCAUCACUCAUCACCCUUCUUGAAGAGAGCCACGCGCGCGUCAGCAAACAUUUCCUUACAGUUCUUACGUCGAAAAUAGACCACCGAUCGGAAGAAAGUGAUAUGGGGAUUGCUUUUCGCUUGCCUGCGCGACCCCUUGUCCAAAAGCACUGCCGAGACCGAAAGCGCGUUUCCCGCGACUCCGCGAAUUUAUUCGACUGCUCUGGAAUCAAUUU